AUACAAUACGUGUCCGCGAUAAUUUUUACGAUAAAAAAAAUCGAGGCGGCCCGCGCAAGCCCACAAGCUGAGCUGUCGUGAGUCCACGCAGUUGUUUUGAUCUGAAAAUGGAAGUGUCUGUUGUUGAUUAUAUGGUUAUAUGUUAAACAAUCACUGGAUCAUUCGCAGAUAUUAUUAUAAUAUUAAAGCGUUUAAAGGGAGAUAAGGACAGAUAAGAAACUGACAAAAUGCUUGAGCAAAUAUGUAGAACGUGCCUUGCCACGUGUGGUGAAUUAGUGCCGAUUUUCUCGGACGAAUAUUACGUACACGAUUUGCCCGAUAAGCUACUUCAUACUACUAAAAUUGAGGUGUUAAGGGAUGACGAUCUGCCAAAAAUGAUGUGUAAAAAAUGUAUAUUUCUUGUAGAUUCAUUAUAUUGUUUUAAAGACCAAUGCGAAAUGGCAGAAAUAAAAUUGAAAGAGACGCUGAAGAAAACAGUUGGUGACCAUGGUCUUUUAUCGAAUAAUGUAUCUGCUAUUGACGAAAGAAGUUGCGAUUCGUAUAAUAUCGAAGAAGUUGAAAUUCAUUCGGAUGAAAUAACAUCUAGCGAGGAGGAGUACCAUAUAGAGUAUGUCUCGGAAGAAGCAAGAUUAGAAGUGGAGAAUGCUCGAAGACGAAGUCGCAAUGCUAGAAAAAGGCGUAAUAAAUACUCUAUUAAUGCUAAAGUUAUAUCGGUAAAUGUUGUACCUCCGGAGUCAAGAAAUAGUUAUGAUAAUAUGAAAAUAGCUUCGUCAUCUAAAUGUGAUGUUAUAGACAUCAACGAGGAUGAUAUUUCAACGGAUAACUAUAAUAAAAAUUCAUUAUUUACAUCCCAAGGAUUAAGAAAGUUUGCAAAUAAUACUUUAAAUAAAAAAGAUCAUUAUAUUAUUUCUGAUAGUGCAGAAGAUAUUAAUUUUUUAAAAGAUCAAGUGCAUGAUAAUUUGGAAAAGUCUUCGGUGCAAACGAAAGCAGGACAUAAAAGAAAAUUAGAAAAUAGUAACAGUAUAAAUGAAUUAUUAAAAGUGCCAAAAAAAGUAAUGUUUAAAGAAAAUGAUUAUAAUGUGGAAAAUAUAGAAUUUAUUGAAGUGUCGGAAAAUGAAAUGAGUAAAGCUAAUGAAAAUGUACAUGGCAAUGCGACCGAUGAUUUGAAUUCUGUUUUGAAUUUUAAUCUGAGCCAAAAUAAUACCGAAAAAGAUUUUCAGCACGAUGAUGGUUUAGAAUGUAGCAAUAGUCAUAUUUCUGAUGUUCUGUCAAAUUCAUUAUCAGUCAAUGAACAUUAUGAUAAUGCAUUAUCCGAUAGUGACGCCGAAAAAAUAAUCGAGCUUAGAAUGCAAAAUUUAUUGAAAAGGAUAGUUUUAACAAUUCCAGAAGUCUGCACGGAAUGUUCACAAACCUUUGAAACUCACUUAGAUGUCUUAAAACAUAAAAUUGAAACGCAUUUGAGCUUUUACGAGGAUCAUUACUUUUGCCCAAUUUGUCAAGAGAAAUUUUUCACCAAUUACUAUCUUAUUGACCAUCUAAUCGAACACAAAGAUAUUGAUUCAUACGUUUGUACUCUUUGCUUUGGCAAUUUCUAUAAUGAAGACACCGUAAGAGAUCAUUUACAUUCGCACGUGGAUUUGCGGGACAUGAGAUGCCAAAUUUGCUCGAAGAAAUUCGUUCGAAUGCAAACUCUUUUGAAUCAUUUGGAUGAGCACAUUACUAGCAAAUCGUUACUAUGUCAUCUAUGUACAGAUAACAACUUUAAAAGUAAAGAUGAGCUUCAGAAUCAUAUACAUCAAGAACAUAAAAAUUAUACGCGAGAAAUGCAUUUAACAUGUGAAACUUGUGGAUUAGAAGUACCUGAGAACGAAAUGAAAGAACACGCAAAAACUCAUAAUAAUUAUCCUUGUCCCUACUGCGAGAGGUCUUUCACUACAAAGACAAUUCUCAGGGAUCAUGUGCUGACACAUCUCGGUGUUCAGCAAUUUUCAUGCCUCGUGUGUAACAAGACGUUCGUUACGCAAGACGAGAGGACGUUACAUAUGCAAGAACACAUGAAGCCUCAGCAAAAGAACGAACAAAAGAAAUUUAGGUGCCGGGUUUGUCAUGAGAUCCUCUUGUCGCGGAUUGCGUACGGCCAGCAUCUCAAGGAAAAGCACUGGAGUGCUAAGCAGACGAGUGAAAUAUUGCAAGAGCUAUCCGAGUCUUCUCUGAAUGAGAAAGUCAAUGAGCAACUUAACAAAUGUACAUCAUCCACUUCUGAGCUCAUUAGCUAAACAAAGAGAGACAAACUGUUAUCCAACAGACAUUGACUAUGAGAAUUCGAUGUCUCUGAAGUACAAUCCCCACUAUAAUAGUGGCUUGAAUCAUAAUUCAAAUGAACGAAAGAUUAUUUUUUAAAUAACAUAUCAGAUUUAUUUAUACCAGUCAAAACAUAGAUUUAACUUCAUUUUAACUAUAACUUCAAAACUAGAAUAGAAUAUUAUGCGCAAAACAAUUGCCGUAAUGUAAAAAAAGAUUGGUUUCUUUCAACUUAUUGGCUACUUUAAUAGAGUUAUAAUUUGAAAUAAAACUUGGUAUAAGCUGGUGUACAAAAUUGUUCUAAAUACUUAGAUAAUGACCAAAAACAUAAUUUAGAUCGUUGGUAUUUAUUUAAAUAAUUGUACAAUAAAAAUAAAACAGUUUCAUAGUCUUUUAAAGUAUACGAAGGUUAUUAAAACUAUUUACAACAGUGAUUUAAUAUUAAUAGAGCUAACUUUGCAGAAGUAGUUUUAACAUUCUCUGUACAACUAUUUCGCUACUGAUUAUCUGUAGUUUGGUAU